UAUUUGAACAAUAUCAAUUGAACAGCAAAGGAAUUUCAAAACCCAAAUUCGACUUUACUAGAGACAUGCCUGGGUUAAAUCGUAGCAUUUUUAUAGCAUGUAUUUUCUACAUCAACAAUGUGCACUUUUGUGAGUCAGAAACGACAUGCACGGUUGGACAAACGUCUUCUGAUUUAUUAGAAACUAAUUUGACUGAGAGAAUACUAUCCUUUGUCGCAGAUGGAAAACCUCAGGCUUUAUUUGCCUCGAUAAAAAACUUCCACGAUACUUGGAAACUAUGUGGUGUCAACACAAAAUUACAAAUCGUGAAAAAAGGAAGAGAGUUCGUGGAGUUUAUUAAAAAAAGAUUUGGCAUUGAUGCAAGCACCUUAACGGAUGAGCAAUUGUAUCAGGGUCAGCCCGUAGAGUUAAGCGGCUAUCUAUUCUUUGGCUUUGUUUUUGAUACUAAGCUAAGAACAGUGACUGAAAUAACGCAAGGUCUCGGUAAAGUGACGAAUUAUAAUGGCCCACAUAGCAACGAGAUCGGCUUUGCAGUCACUGCGAGAAAGACUAUCGCAUCAAAAGGCCAAUGGACUGGUACUAUUCCGAGAGGUGCGUUUAUGUACACGCGUAGCAUUCUCCUACCCAAAUGUGAUAAUACAGAGACUGACGUCAUAGAAGGCAGUACAACAUAUCCGUUGUACAUUGACUCGGAUGGAUUUGCGUCAUUUGAGUAUGUCGUAUACUCUGAAAAAUAUGGACAAGGGGUAAUGCAUGGCGAAGAAAUACAUUCCCAAGCAGCAUAUGUGGUAUCAAUGACUAUGAAAUUUUCUGAUUAAAACAAAAGAACAAAAUAAAGACUUUUUAGAGAUAAUAACUAUA